CAGGAAUCAUUCCUAUCACUAGAAACUGUUUCUAAUUCAUUUAUUUGUGAGAUAUACAAAAUCUACACUCUGGAGUGCGUUCCUUUUUUUCCUCAAACUGGUGUAUUUUAGUGCAUACUUGUCCCCAACUCUAUCUCCACAUGUGCUUCUUGUCGUUUCGUGAUUAGAAAGUUUACAAGGCGGCCUCUUGGAAAUAGCUGUGUUUGAAGUCAACUUCGUUUUUGAACCCUUACAUCUGCAAGCAAUGCAGAUUUUCUGUGGGAUAAAGUGCAAGAUAGUUUUUCUAAGUCUUUUAAAAAUAUAGGCGAUUCAAUAUUCUUAUGGUAUGAAGAUACAAUCCAGCUUAUAAGUUGGUUGAAUGUAAUUCUUCCAUUCGAUCAACCAUGGAGAGAGAAGAUUCAAUUCAUAGCCAUGGACAUGAGAGUGAUGUGCUGGAGCCACUUCUCUCCAAUGGUGAAACAGUUGUAUUUGAAGAUGAGCAGGAUGAGGUGAAGUGCAGUGGAGGUCUAGUAUGGGAGGAAGUGAAGAAACAAUGCUGGAUAGCAGGGCCUAUGGUGGCAGUGAAUUUGUUACAAUUUAGCUUGCAGGUGAUAUCUGUUAUGGUGGUAGGGCAUUUAGGGGAGCUUGCUCUCUCUAGUGCAUCUAUUGCUACUUCCUUUGCAGGUGUCUCCGGCUUCAGUUUGCUGAUGGGAAUGGGAAGUGCAUUGGAAACACUAUGUGGACAGGCCUAUGGGGCAAAGCAAUACCAUCAGCUUGGGAUUCAUGUGCAGAGAGCAACUUUUGCUCUUUAUUUUGUGAGCAUACCGAUUGCUGUGGUGUGGGCAUACAUGGGCAAUAUUCUAAUUGCAUUUGGGCAGGACCCUUUAAUAUCUUUUGAAGCAGGGAAAUUUGCCAGAUGGCUGAUUCCCAGCCUAUUUGCUUAUGCAGCUCUUCAACCCCUUGUAAAAUUCCUCCAGUCACAAAGCAUUGUCUUUCCCAUGGUGCUAUGCUCUGCAAUUACUUUGUGUUUCCAUGUUCCCAUCUGCUGGGCUCUGGUAUAUAAAACUGGAUUAGGUAGCAAAGGGGCUGCCUUGGCAAGCAGCAUUUCUAACUGGGUCAAUGUAGCAUUUCUUUUACUAUACAUUAAAAUUUCACCUGCAUGCAAGAGGACAUGGACAUCCUUUACAAGGGAGGCUUUGCAUGAUAUUAAAGAUUUUCUCAAGCUUGCCAUUCCAUCUUCACUGAUGAUCUGCUUGGAGUAUUGGUCCUUUGAAAUGCUUAUUCUCUUGUCAGGUCUGUUGCCGAAUCCAAAACUUGAGACAUCAGUUCUUUCAAUCUGCCUUAACACUGCUUCUCUAGCAUAUAUGAUUCCCUUUGGUUUUGGUGCUGCUGUAAGUACACGAGUUUCAAAUGAACUAGGAGCUGGACGCUCACAUGCUGCCCGCUUAGCAGUGUAUGUAGUGUUCUUUAUGGCAAUCACAGAGGCAGCCAUGAUAGGAUGCCUUUUAUUCUCUAUACGAAAUGUUUGGGGUUAUGCUUACAGCAACGAAAAGGAAGUUAUUGAUUAUGUUGCAACCAUGAUCCCACUGCUAGCAGCCUCAUCAGUUUUGGAUGCAAUCCAAGGCACUCUUUCAGGCGUUGCUAGAGGAUGUGGUUGGCAAAAACUGGGUGCUUAUGUUAAUCUUGGGGCAUACUACAUGGUUGGCAUUCCUGUAGCUGUCCUUUUGGCCUUUGUACUACAUGUUGGUGGCAAGGGACUCUGGCUCGGAAUUUUCUGUGGCAUUUUUGUACAAACAGUUCUACUAUUCCUGGUAACUUCAUGUACAAACUGGGAACAACAAGCAAUAAAUGCAAGAGACAGAGUAUAUAAAUCAUCAUUACCCAUAGUUACUGAUGAUAUGAUAAAGGAUGACAAGAAUUAUCGACCUUGAUGCUGAUAAGUUUUGUAACCAAUUUUCAAACUCUUGAACACACGGUUGAUUUUUGGCUGCCUUGAGCUCUAAAAUGGAUCGAGUUACUCCAGCUGUAAUGGCAAUGCCAUUAUUAUAUGAGACAUUUUCCUUAAUUUAUUUAUUAGGCUUGACAAAGCUAGAAAAUGGAACAUCAAUUUUGGAGAGCGAUCACUUGCAAGUGAAUAGCAAGCACUUUUGUUGGCUGAUAAGAAAAACUAUUGUCAGUUUGCUGUUAUGCAGUAUUAUUUUUCUUGAAACUUUGAGCAUUGACAAUCUUGCAUAUAUAUUCUGUAUCAUAAAUCAAUACCUUUGGAAACAUGGAGAUUGCUCUAGAUUUCUUCAA